CGCACAGCACGCUCUCACGUGACGAGGAACCAGCUGCGCCUCACGUGACCACGCGGAUCCGCCCCCCCUCAUCCCGCAGCCCGGUCAUCCCGCGCUCCCGCCGUCAGAUUUCAGUGGAGUUCAUCUCCAUCACAAGAUCGGCUGGUGGUCUCCACCCAUCGAACCAAGAGGGAGUUCUUCUGUUGUGAGCUCUCCUGCGCCCCCAUUGAGCCUGAAUCCGGUUUUCCAACAUGUCGUAUGGCUCUGUUGAUGGCAGUGGAUUUGGAAGCAGAAACCCUUUCGGCGGACCCUCUACUCAAGGAUAUCAGCCUCUAGCCACCCAGGUUGAUGCUCAUGAGCUGGAGGAGCUGUUCCAGGUCACUUCUGAGGAUGUGUUUAGAAUAAAUUCUAACGUACAGUCUCUGGAGAGAAACCUGCGCUCCUUGGGGACUCCUAGUGAUACCGCGGAGCUCAGAGACCGCCUGCAUUUCACACAGCAGGAAACCAAUAACACCAUAACUUCCAGCACCAAAUCUAUUCGCCAUCUCUCCGAGAUUGUCAAAGGCUCGAUCCGGCAGGAUCGUCUGCAGCUGGACCGACUGAAGAGCCAGUUGUCGGAGGCCAUCCAGCGCUACGGAGCAGUGCAAACGAAAAUAGCGGAGAAAUCCAAGUCGUUACUGAGCGGCGGCGGCCAGAGAAACCAGGAACAAAGUCCUCGGACCCCCUUUUCUGACAUUGCGGACGAUGAGAAGAUCUUUAAUGGUGGUGAUGAACAGUGGCAGCAGCAGGGUCAAAGCCAGGACUUGUCUAACAUCACAGAUGAAGAUCUUGAGCAGAUCCGUAAGAAGGAAGAGGCUAUAAAGCAGAUUGAGAGUGAUAUGCUGGAUGUCAAUCAGAUAAUGAAAGAUUUGGCGUCCAUUGUGUAUGAACAAGGUCACGAUAUAGAUAGCAUUGAAGCCAAUAUUGAGACUGCUUCAUCACAUGUAGAAUCUGCCAAUCGCCAGUUGGCCAAAGCAAGUCAGCACCAAAGGCGCAACUUUAGAAUGGCCUGUGCACCCAGGAAGAGGAAAGAGAAAUUUUCCCCUCUCGAACUCGAAAUUUUGGUGGCCGAAGUAACCAAACAUCACUCGAAACUCUACGGAAGUGAGAGAGUAAAUCUGAGCCAACCAGCUAGAGAAAGGAUCUGGUUAGAAAUCGCCAAGAAAAUUAAUUCAGUGGCCCGAUCUCCCAGAACCACUAGAGACUUGAGAAGGCGGUGGGAUGACAUGAAGAGACGGACUAAGGAGAAACUGGCAAUCAUAAAACGGUCGGUUGUGACUACAGGUGGUGUGACCAGGAACUGUAGCCCUUCGCUUCUACACAAUGAUACAAAUAGUGAUAUUUAUCCUGGAUAUGGAGGCGAAGAUGAUGAAGACGACCAUGACGAAAUCGAUGUGGACGUUGACGCCCCACAUAUUGCUCUGGAGCUUCAGUCAGAUGAGGAGGAAAAUGGCCCUGGUUGUACAUGGGUACCCCUAAAAACAAUAGAAAUGGCUGUUUCAAAUGAACCCGAUAUGUCUGAUCAUCCUGUGAUCAUUCAGACCUCUGCUUCUUCUCCAUCUCCUCCAUCCUCUCCUCAGCACCAGAUGAAAUCAACCUACAUGAGGAGACUUUCUCAAGCCACUCCGCACAUGCGCCGGAAUCAAGAAGUCUCCGAUUUUGAAAAACAGUUGAUGGAGAGUCAGAUACAACAGAACACGCUUUUAUCGUCUUGGUAUCAGCAACAAACAUCCCUUAUGGUCCAGCAAAACCUCAUACUGGAGAACCUUGUAGAACAAAGCCGACGCUUGGCAGACAAUGUGGAGUCUUUAAACCGGACCUUGGAAAAAAUGGUGGAUGGCAACCAUUUGCACAGGGAGACGCUUCAUUUUGUACAGGAACGUAAGCAAGGUCCUUCCACCACCCGACCAACUCCCCGAACAGCUAGUGGCGAGUCUGGUGGUCCCUCCGGAACGGAAUCAUACUCCGGUAUGAUCUUGAAAGUCGAAGAAGAACUGUAGAGUCGUUUUGUUUCUUUGGAAAAAGUUAACGACUUAAGAACAAUUUCCGUAUUCUUGGACAAUUAAAGAAAAAAAAACUAAAAAAACUUUUUCCUCUUGCUAGAUUAAUAGCGGACAGAUACUUUCCUUAUACAUUGCAUACAUAGAGCCAUUUUUGUAGGUUGUGAGAAACAUUGUGCAUAUUUUCUAUCUGGAUUUAUCGGUUUGUGAGAAAAUAUUUUGUACGUGUUCUUUUUACUCCAAGAUAAUAUUUUUCUUACAUAAGUAAAACGAAAAAAAAAAAAA